GUACUCUGAAGCGGAAGUUCUUAAAACGUAAACAAAUGAAAUAAGGCGCGCUGAAGUCAACGUAUUUUUAUUACAAAUUUUUAAAGAUAUAUUUGUACUUAUGGUAAUUUAAAAUACAUUUUAAAAUAUAUACUGUUUUACUGUAUCAUUUGUAUCUAAGAUUUUAAAUUUCUCUUAAAAAUGAAACGGCUGACUUCAAUUACGGCUAGGACUAGGCAGGGUAGGGCCAGGGGGUAGGUAGACCGUAGGGCAGUCUCAGCAGAGGCGUAGCGAGGGGAGGGCGGGAGGGGGACAGAUGUCCCCGGGCGCCAGCUAGUUAGGGGCGCCAAAAUGUGGUUUGAUAUUAUUUUAUUGAUCAAAAUAAUGGGCUUGAGAGUUGAAAAAAAGAAAAAGGGGCGCUUUAAAAUGGAUCUUGUCCCCGGGCGCCAAACGCCCUCGCUACGCCUCUGAGUCUCAGUCUGCUGUUUACACUUUAGGCUGAGUAGGGCAAAAUCUAAAAGAAAAAGUUGAGAAAACAGUAAAGUGUAAAGUAAAAUAAAGAAAUCUAGUAGAUUUAAAUUAACUUUUAAUAUGUUUGUCUUAAACCCAGUGAUGUGGUAAGAAAAUUAUCCAGAAUUUUUAGCAAUCCCAAAAUAACCUAAUAUUAUUAUAAAAAACGAAGUGUCUACAUGUCUGUUGACUUCAUGAAUAAGUUCUCGAGAAAUUCGACCAGCUAUUAUAUAUUUGACCAAGUCAUAUGACGCUAGAUAUUUGUCAGCCUUGCCAUGUGAAUGUGGCCGCUAAUAGUCUAUCAGAGUUUACAGUACAUCAUUUUUCAUUUUUUAAAAUUCAAGAUAGUCUGGAAAUUUACAUGAAAAAGAAAUACAAGCAGUCCUCCAAAGUCCGGUCCCAAAUUAUUUACAAUGAUUAAUCCUUACUUAAAAGUCUUGGGCAUCAUUCUGUUUUGAAAUUCAUGUUUGCAUUAGUGGACGAUGUUGGAUGGAGGUUGUCGGCCGUCGAGAUGCACAAACACUCGAGCACAUUAUCACUAAUCAUGUGUUACCAGGGACAACUAUUGUUUCGGACGCUUGGCGAGGAUAUCAAAAUGUCGGUCAGCUCAACAACGGGAUUUAUGCUCACGCUGUCAUUGUGCUCACGCAUGAAUUUGUUGAUCCAGUAGACCAGGACAUUCACACAGAAACUAUUGAAGGACUUUGGAUGCAAGCAAAACGUAAACGCCGCUAUCAGAGUGGUAGGCCUGCUAGUCGCGAUCUGUUUGCCAGCUACUUGGGGGCCUUUCAGUGCCGCAACAGUCACCAGCAUAACGUUUUCGGCUGCUAUUUGCAAAUGCUAUGUGUCAAUGACAACAUUUAGUAUUUACUGACUGGUUUGUAAAGUGACAGUUAUUUGCGAAAGCUAUGACUGACAUUUCUGCUGUUUUCUAACAAUACACACUGUGCAUUGCAAUUUUUUUCAUACGAAAUAAUUUGGGACCGGAAUUUGGAGGAUUUUAGGAAUUCUACUAAAGAAAUACUAGAACCAUUGCUGGUAUAUAUAAUGAACAAAUGGUUAAAAUUUGAUAAUUUUAAAUAAAGCUUGACACACCCGCCGGAUGAAUAUCUCUCGCACUAUUUGUCUGGUCGCCGGACUUGUAGACACUGCCUAUCAAAAAUGGUCAUUUCUAUAGUAAAUUAUGUAAUUUACACUGGAAAUCCAGCCUAUUGGCACUCCAACUCAAAUUUUCAAAUAUAUCUGACACACAAAGAAAAUAUAAUUGAAAAGAGCUGGCUUUAUUAAAUUAUCCAAUGCAAUGACACCAAGAUAAUCUUUCUAUCACUUACAACUUAUUGAAGAAAAGUUUUGAAUUUUUUAGUGAUUUAUUUUUCCCCACUAUUUAGCUUUGUAAUUAAAAUUCUAAAAACUGUGAUUGAAUUACCCUCUUUUUCUACUAUUUUGUUUGUAUCUUUUUUGCCAUUUAAGUUAGAGCACUCAAAUUUGGAGGAGACGUUUACACUUUAAUGGUUAACAGAAACAAAACACAUGAAUUGUAAAUUAAUUUAUUAUAUUUCAUAAAAUAUGAUUUUAUGAGCAUAUGGUGUCGAUAACCACAAUUGUUGGUAAAAAAAUAAAUGUAAAUAAGAUAAGAUAAGAUUCUUUUAUUCAUCCAAACAAAUGGAAAUGUUUUAUGAUUGCAUUAUACAUUUUCGGCACAUAAAUAAAACAAUUUGAACACAAGAAAUUUAUAAUAAAUUAUUUCAAACAGCCAUUCAGUGAGUCCUAUUAGCCAAAUUGGGGACUUAUUAGUUCUCAAUAAGAUGUGUGACUACAGAGGGAGCACGCUGAUAAAUUCGUACAGAUUGGGGAACAAAAGAAUUUUUAUAUCUUUCAGUCCUCACCCUGAUGGAAAGAAUUUGUCCCAAACGGCCCGAUCCUAAGUAUCUGUGAUUUUGUCCCAAACGGCCCGAUCCUAAGUAUCUGUGAUGAAGAGGGUGGGAUGUAUUAUCAGACCUGUUUACUCUUACGAUUUUGGCGUACAAUGUACGAUUUUGAGGUUUAAAUAUAUAUACUGUAUGCUUAUUUUUUACUCUAAAUAUAAGGUAUUGAACGAUUUUGUGAUGAUAUUGUACGAUUUUAAGAGUUUGAGGGUAAACAGGUCUGUAUUAUCCAAAAUGUGUUUAGUUUUACAAAAACAUCUUUCUUCAAAUAGUUCUUCAAGUGAAGAAUGUUUAGUUUGUGUUAUGUUCCUAGCUUUCUUGAAUAGUCGGUUUAUGCGGUGUUAAAUAUCAGACGUUGAAUUUCCACAUCAGCAGGUAAUACUGAAAUUAAGUAGGCUUCCACUUUUUGCACUGUAGAAUAAUGUAGGACACAAAUAAUAAUAUAUUUUUAAAAAAUUAAUUAAUUAAAUAAAAAUGACAUAAUUAUUAAACCAAAUAAGCUAUUGCUUUAAAAUUUUCAGUACAAAGAGAUAAUGUGCAUCUAAAAAUAAGAUGAAUUUUAAAUUAAAUAAAAUGCAGAUCAAACAAUUUAUGCAAUAUUAGAAAAAAAAUUCCCGAAAAGUGACCCUGGCCGAGACAUUUAUACAUUUAAAUACAUAACUUCUAAGCUAAUAAAGCUACUGCAAUAAAAUUUUCAGUACAGAUAGUGACAAUCCAAAUGUAAUAUAACAUUCAAAUAUUACAAAGCAAAUUAAAAUCAUGCUAUCCAAAAUUUUAAAAUGUUAUGUAAUGUGGACAUUUAUGUACUGGGUACAUUUUUUUAAAUGAUCAGCUUAAGCAAAUGAUGCUAAUUCAAUUAAAUUUUCAGUACAAAUAGACAAUCUAAAAUUAAUAAAGUUUUAAAACGCAAAACACAUACUUCAUAACAUUUUAUAUCAAAGUUAUUGAACAAAACUGUUGAUUUUCUUUUACUGGUACAUUUAAAUACAAAACUUAAAAACAACAAAUGCAGCAUAGCUAUCCACAGCAACAGAUGGUGUCCUUGUCCAGCUGAAAGUAAAAAUAUUUAAGCUACCGUAUUUUAAGACUGAUACAAAACCUUUAGACAUUACAGCAACUGUCUCAAAAAAUCUUGGACAUGGUUCAUGGUUCUGGCUCCGGAGCCCCAGCAACACUUCAUCUUCAUCAAUUGGUAGAUGAAAAAAUCUACCUCCAUUGUCUAUAUCAAAUUGGGUUGUUUGUUGAUCUCCUCCAGGUUGGCAAUGCACAUCCUCAUGUGUGAAAUCUAAUGAUUAAAAACAGAAAGGAAAAUUCUUAAGUUAAUGACCUAAUGCCCUAAUCAUUUGUUGUCUUUUUAAACAAAAAUCACCAUAAAGUAGACCUAAAGUAGACAAAAUAAAAAUAAUCUCCAAAUGCUUAAAACUUUUAGAGUUAUUGUAAAAUUUAGUCAUCCAGGGUCCAGUACAGGUUUUCCAAAGAGACCGAUCAUGAAAAAUGAACAUGAAUAAAAGAUUAGGACUUCUUAUAAGGAAUACAUAUAAAAAUGACUUCAAUAAUUUUAAACAGGCCACGCAAUGCUCUUUAGUUUAUGUACCAGGUACAUUUAUAACUUUAUACAUGUUAAAAACUUAGGACUAUUGACCAUCUUAAUCUAUCUUUUCAUAUUGCCGUGCCAUAUAGUCUAGUCUUAGCUUUUAUGUAUUAUGGAUCCAAAGCAUAUUAUUAUAUGUGGACUAUAUUUGCCUCAAAGUAAAACUAUUAUUAAAAAUCAGUUAUUAAAAGUGUAUAUUUAUAAUCAAACUACUAAGUUAUAAUACAGGAAACAUUUAUCAAGUGGUUUGAUAAACAUUUCUAUUAAUAAUAACUGUUUACCUUAGAGCUAUACCACUUCCGGUAGAUGGAGUGCAAAAUGUGGUUGCCUUAAAUUUUUAGUCGCAUUACUCAAGCUCUCAUACAGUUUUUAGAUGAUCAGUACUUUUUUAAAUAAGUGAUUUAGAUUUUACAAUAUAUAAACUAUACCACAAAUUAAUUGCCAAGUUUGUCAACGAUUUAUAUAAUUUAAAAAAAGCACAGAAAUCUCACUUAAUCAACAUCCACUUUCCAACUUAUGGUCAUAUAAUUUACAAAAGGUCGUAACUAAAUUUAAAGAAAUUCACUUUCCUCAGAUGUUUUAAACUUAAAUGGCAAGGCACAGAUUAGAUGCGUAUUCUUUAACCAUUGCCCGAUCAGUCCAAUGGGUAGCCAUAUUGAAUAUUAAUUAGCUUAAGUAGGCCUAAUUCCUGGUACAGUCAGAUUGUGAUGGGUUAUGUUGGGCAACCGUUUUAUUUACUUUUCUUGGUGUUUGUUGACAUCAUUUUUUUUUAACUUUCUUUGCAGGAUAUCAGAAAAUUUUUUGGUCCACCCUCAGCCAGCAAGAAACCAGGAACUGCUUCAGUGAAGGAGCCAAGCACUACAAAUAAAAAUGAAGAAACCAAAACCAUGGGUGGAAAGCCCCUAAAAAGUCCUGCAACUGUCACCCAAAAAAAAAGUAAGACACCACCAGUACAAAACAAUAAAAAACAAAGGCAAAGGACAUCACCCCGAAAGAAGUAUAAUUUUGAAAGUGAUGAUGAUGUUGAAAUAGUUGAUAAUCCUUCGGAUGAGGAUGUUAUAAAAAAUUCUCAAGAUUCAUUAAAAGAGAAAACAAAAAUAAAUGGAUCCUUGCCUAAAAUCAGUAAAACUAAGAAAAACAGCCCAAAGAAAGUUCAAGAGAAAAAUAAAAGUAAUGAAGAUGACACCAGAUGUGAAAAAGUAGCAGGAAAACUGGAUCAGAGAAAAAAAAGUGUUGCAAGCAAUUUGAACUUUGAGGAUGAUGUAAUAGAAAUUGAAAGUGUGACAUCUACAGAUUCAAAAAACUCUUUAACAAAUUCUCAGAACAGGACAACUGGUAGAGAGACAGAGAAAAUUAAGAAUGGUAAUGUCAAAAAGAACAAAGUUCAGAAUGAUGAUAAACAGGACACUGAAGUCAGAGAGAGUCCCAGGAAAAAAAUUACUCACUCAAAACAGGAAGAAAAAACUAGCCGGAAGCACAAACAGGUACUUUUCAUAAAAAAUAUGUGGGAUUUUCUAUAUUAGACCAUAUUAGAAAUAGGGGUUGCAAACUGGGAUCUCGAGUUUUGAAAAUACCUGGAUACUGGACCAAAACUGAUGCUUAAAAAUACCAGGAUUGGAUUUCUGGAAACCAGGAUUUUUUUAAUUCCCGGGAUUUCAUUUUCAAAAAAUAAUUAUCGCUUUUAUUAGUUUCCAUAUAGUUGUUAAAGUAAGACAUGUCAAUAAUUUAUGUGAUCCCCAUCACGUGUAUGAAGUUCAAAGAGAGCCGUCUGAUGGGCUAGAUAUGUCAACUGUGAUUCAUUUGUUAAUUAAGAAGCAUGGCUUUAUGAUUAUUUUUGUUUUUACAUCGUGCGUGUGUACGAGGAGACGUAAGUUGCAAAGUGAACAUACAGGAUUGGUAAGUAAAUGUAUUAUGUUAUUGACAAAUAAUUGGUAUUGUCGAAUGUAGAUAGAAUGUUGACUGACAUUAACAGUUUGUACGUAACAUGAAUUGUAUGGAAAUAAUAAUACGUUGCACUGGAAUCACGGGUUAACUUUUUAUAACAAAAUUGUUUGAUUGCUUGAUUUCCUUUAAUUAUACCAAAGUAUCUACAUAUUUAAAACUAUGACUAAAUCUGUAUUUUGAUAAUCAAAUAUCUUAAGUUUAAGUCACAGAAAAAUUAUGUUACUUUUAUUUUGUGAUAAAAAUAUUAAUAAUUCACCUUAUAAUUAUGUUCUUUUUUAUAUAUAUCAAUCCGAGGGCUACUUUGUCACAGACUGAAUGUCCCAGUAUUGAUAUAUAUCAAUACUAGGACUACUUUGUCCCAGACUGAAUGUCCCAUUUUGUCUGUCCCUUACCUAGCCAAACAUUUACCUGAAAAUUUAAACAUUUAAAAAAAAUUUGUACACAUCAAAACAAUUCGAUUUAAAUAAAUACAAUAAAUAAAUUUUUGUCAAUUAAGAUUUAUUGUUAUAAUGAUUUAAUUUCCCUCCAGGUUGAUAGAUAGAAAUAAGGACCUUGAAAAAAAAACAACUAAAUAUGAAAAGAAUAAGAAAAUAUCGGAAACAAAGACAUGAUUUUGUUAUUAUUUUUUGGAAUUCGAAAGGGUGCUGGGUGGCCGAGCGGUCUAAACUGUUUCAAACCAAAUAGCUGGUGGUCUGGAGUUCAAUCCCCACCAAAGCCAACAUCCCAAGCACCCUUGGUGGAUGGGACUCGCUAAGAGAAGGCAAACUCCGAAUUUAAACCAGGAGCCAGAAUAAUCAACAAAUUGAUCGUGGGCUCCUCAAAUAUAAGAAGAAGAAUAAGAAAGCUAUGGACAAUCUCUCAGCUAAAUGCAUUAGAUGUAGCAAGAUACUUAAAACAUUUGUGUUGUCGUUAAAAGCUCAUUAAAAAAUCAAAUUCCUAUUUAUUUUUUUAUGUUUUUAUUUCAUUAAUAAAUCAUCACCUCUAAUCUCGACACAGAAUUCUCUAAAUAUUGACAAAAUCGAAAGUAUCAGGAUUCUGGUAUUCGUAAACGUAAAUAUCGAAAAUACCAGUUUUGGUAAAAGGGACCAGUUUGGCUACCCCUAAUUAGAAACAAAUGAAAAAUAAAACAUGUUUCUUCAUUCUGUCAGGCAUUCUCUCAAAUAGUACAAACAAAAAUGGUUCCUAUAUGGAGGCUGAACCUGAAAUGGUUUCAUAGCAACCUCCUCAUUGUACUUCUAACUAUUACAACUUCUCAGAUAUCAAGCGAUGAUGAAGAAGACAACUUCAAGCCAGAAAUAGGCAGUGAUAUCACAGAGUCAGAGGAAGUUAUUGCCACAAGAAGGAAACGGGGCAGAAGUAGUAGCACCAAGUCAGGCAAAAAGAUGUCUAGAAUUUUAGAUUCAGGUAAAGAAAGGGGUUUUGAAAAUUAUUAUGAAUAAAAGUUUUCCCAAUCAUUGCAGUUCAUUGGCCUCAAAUGUACUUUACUCGUUAUAACUCAUUGACCUCAAAUGUGCUUAUGUUGGAGUUCAAUGACCUCAAAUGUGCAUUAUGUUGCAGUUCAUGGACCUCAAAUGUACGUGAUGAUGAAUAAAAUUAAUCUAAAAAAUAAUGCAAAAUAAAUAUUAUAAAUGGUUCUUUUAUGUUAAAAUGUCAUUCUCCUGUAACCAGAAUUAAGUACAAAGAUGUAAUAAAAAAUAUUUAAUUUAAAAAAAAAAACAGCUGAUGUAGGCUUUUAAUAUGAACGUUCCUUAUUUAUUUAUUUUUUUUCAUAAAAUUAAUCUUCUUUACACUGUUUUGAAAGCUGUACUUGAGAUACCUAGUUUUAAGCAUUGUAUUUGUAACCAACAAAAAUAAAUUGAUAUUUACCAGGUAAUUUCUAACUUAUAAGCAUUUGAGCCACUGAUGAGGCAUUUCAAAAUAAUAUCAUUAAGUAAACCGGACUGUCAGUUUCUAUAAAAGAUGAUUAACAAUUAUUUGGCAAGUUAUCUCUGGGAAUAUGAUUCCACACGUCGCACCCCACAACCUAAACGAUAACAAUUUUCCUUAGGUAAAAAAAAAACCCCCCCCCCCCCCCCCCCCCGUGACCAAUAAAUGAUGCUGGUGGGUGCCGUCCAUGGCUCGACAUGUAAAUAGUUCUGGAAUGAGUGAAGUGUAUACAUGUUGGUUUUUGUUUUAUUUGAGUAAUGCAUGUUAAUUAAUUUUUUAAGUUGAUUAUAUUUGUUAAAUUGUAUGUGCAGCAUGGUGAGCCCAGCCCUAGGCUGGGGUACCACACUAUAUAAAACCACUCAUAAUAAUAAUAUCUGAUGUAUACAAAGACAACAUAAUAAAAACAACAUAAUCAUCAUUUUUUAGCAUUAUUUCACAUGACUAUUUGCAGACUCAGAAGAAGACCCACUACACAAAGAAAAACCUAAAGCCAAGAGGAAGAAGAAAGAUGUAGUAACUUAUGUUGAGGAUUCAGGCAAGUAUUACAUUAAGGAUAAUAUUUUGUGAUAUUGCCAUUGUGUUUGGUAUAGAAGACUCAAAAAAUUGUUUUUAUUUUAAUGUAUGACCAAACUCAUUUAGUGUGGAUUUCUGUUAGAGCCCUUCUACAUAGAUUGCACUGGAUUGGGUUUACAGACCUUUCCUGAAGAAUUUAACAGAUAGAAAAUUUUGUCAGUAUAUAAAUUUUAAAAAAAGGUGACAGGAAUUAAUCAACAAACAAAUCUUAAAGCUUUAUAAAAAGGAAAAGUGAUUGGGGAUGUUAAUGAACACUAUUUGAUGGUACUAGAUGAACAGUUUUUUAUGUUCAAUUGUAAGUCUUUGUUAUAUAAUUAAAACAUUUUUCAUUGGUGGUGUUAAAAAGACACAGCCUCAAAAUUUAGUACUAUCUCUAUAUAAGUCUAUCUUUAUCCAACAAACCCCAUGUAGGGCCCACAAAGAAUUUUCCACUUCCACUUAUAAAUGCCAAAUCUUUUCCAUUUGUAAAUGCCAAUUAUGAUCCAUUAAAAUCUCAUUAAAUGGUAAAAUAUGGUGGUUAAAAGCUGCUAACAAUUGUGUCCCUCCUGUUCCAGAUGGAGAGAAGCCAGUCACAGCACUUGACAAGUUUGUUAUUCACAAGCCUCCAGCAAAGGAAGUAAAGAACAAGAAAACCAAUGUUGAGACUUUAAAGCCAGUGAAUGUGUCUGAUUUCUUUGGUACCAGCUCUGCUAGCAGAAGUGACAGAGUCACAGCUGUGGGGAAACGAAAGCAUGAGGAAGUAAAAGAGGUAUUUUUUAGUGUGUUCCUUUGAAAUCUGUCAUUAUACUAUUUGAGACCAGGAAGAGAAGACCAAGAAAACCAGUGUUGAGGCUUUGAAGCUAUUGAACUUGUCUGAUUUCUUUGGUACAGGCUCUGCUAACGUGAGGAAGUAAAGGAGGCUUUUUUUAGCCUGUUCCUUGGACAUCUAUCAUAAUACUAGGGUCUGGGUUUGAACUGAGUCAAUCUCAAGCUUGUGGGCUGGAGUUCAAUUCCCUAUCUAGACAAACAAACGCAAAAACAACACCAGCACCCCGGGUAGAUGGGACUCAUUAACCUUGGAUGGCAACUCAUUUAAGAGAAGGCAAAUUGUGAAAUUAAACCCGGACAUGGAGUCCUGCAGGUGCUAUGACAUUGACAAAAUGAAAACUCCUGCGAUGUGAAACGCAUAAGAAUACAGUGAGACACAAGAAAAGCUGCUGGUCAUCCACUGCAUCCUGGUCUAUUUCCAGUCAUAUUGACCAAGUCUUGCCAUUGAAACAAAUAGGCUGACGAAUUGAGCAACUCUCCCUCACUUAAAACAUGAUACAGGUCAAGUCAAGGCUUGGGGCCUUGUUUAUCUUCACAUGCAAAGAAGGAACAAUAUUAUUACAAUUUGUUUGUGUAAGGUUUACAGAGACAUUAGAUUUUUAUUCCUUUGCUGCCAAGUUGGCUCACGUCUUUGGAUUUUUUUUCUUUACCUCAUCAUUGAAAUUUUCUUCAGUCCAACAGUACAUGACUCUUUUGAAACAAAAGGUAAAAAAUUUUAGUGAACCCAGUAAACAAAUAAGCCAGAUUUUGUUUAUUUAUUUAAGUGGAAAGAAAUGGUUGCAAGCAUUUCUUGUUAUAUCUUUAAUGCCAUGUCAUAGGUAGCUAGCUACUUGGAUUUUCUCUUCCCUCCCCCCUUUCUCCCUGUCUCUCCUUCCCCAUUUCAAUUGUUUAGCAAAAUUUUCUUUUCAUUUGUCUUUUUUUACUAUUUUUAAUCAUAUAUUUAUAUGUUUCAUAAUUUUUGUCUGUCUAAGAAAUACCCCAAGCUUUCGUUCAGAACUGCUUUUUGUUAAUUUUAUUAUCCUGUGUUCAAAGGUGGAUGUUGUUGAUGUUGAUCUGACAUUCGAUGAGGAAAUGCAUGAUGAUGAAGAUUUUCAAAAGACUCUGGAUCAGUUGGAUGGACCAAAUGUCAAAAAGGUUUUUACACAUUAUGCACUAGAUGUUCUUCAUCAUUUUUGAAAAAAUUAUUGUUAAUUAUGACAUUAUUUUUUGUAAUAUCAGGGGAAAUUAAAACAUGAAAUCCUGUGAAAUAACAAAACAAUAUUUCAAAACUUAAAACUUGAAUAAAAAAAAAAUUCUGAUCAAGUGUUAGAGAAAUUACCCAGUAAUUAUAAUAAUAUUUUUAACUUAAAUUUAAGUUACUUUAAGACUGUACUGAAAUGUAAUUAAAUUAUUUGAAAUGUAAUUAAAUUAUUUGAAAUGUAAUUAAAUUAUUAUUUUUUUUAAAUGUAACUUUAUAUUUAUAGUGAUAAAAUAGAAAAAUGAUUUUCAAGCUAAACUUUGCUUGGAUCAAUAGAUGAAAUUGAUUUGCUAAAUGGAUUGACUUUGUUUGAAUAAAUAGAGUUAGUUUCUUUGAAUAAACAAAUUUAUUUUGUUUGGAUCAUAGAUAUGCUGUUUGUGUCAAUGGAUACACUUUUUUUGCAUCCAUGGAUAUAACUGUACCUUAAAGAGUUGAUUUAUUUUAUGAACAGGUGAAACAGUCCGAGACUAAAGAAGAGAAACAUGAUGGUGCCAUUGAGUCCGGUGAUUAUAUUUUCAAUUUUUGAUGUCUGACUCAAUUCAAUUUUUUUCACUUUGGGAAUAUUUUCAUUUUAACUAAUAUUGAUUGUUGCGACGUCAAAGUUUAGCCAUUAAUUUUUUUUGUUAGCUUCAUUAAGCAUACUUGCUUGUAAAUUUAGUUUUAAAACAUAAUGAUAUAACUAUUUUAAAACAUGAUAAAAUAACUAUUUCAAAACAUGAUAAUAUUACUAGUUUAAAACAUGAUAAUAGAAAUAUUUUAAAACAAUUAUAUAACUUAUGACUAUUUUGUUUAAAAAGGCUGUGAAUAAAGCUUCCUAAUAAUAAAAUGUACAACCUUUUUUAGUGAAAAUGAGGAUAGUGGUAAAGAUAUGAAAAAUAUUUGAAAUAUUAAAGUUUAUCAAUUAAUAUCCCCAACGUCAGCAAAUUUAAGUAAACUCUUUUCUAUGUAUUACUGCAUUCAAAAUCUUCUUUAAAAAAUAAUCAGAUGGGGCUAAUGUUUUGUGUUGUAUUUUUCAAUACUUGAUUAUUUUAUAAAAAGUGUAAAGUAACAAAUAUUUUCAUUUUUUCCAAUUUUUUAAAUGUUUAAUUUGGAUUUCUCCCUAACUAGGAAGUUUGUCCAGCAAACUCUCAUCAAAAGUUAAGAGUCAACUCAGUCCUAAUAAAAGUUCGCCAGCAAGUGCCAACUCCAACAACAAUAAAUCCCUGUCAAAGUCUCCAACUUGCGGUACACUUAAG